AUGUCAAAACAAGAAUGGAAAAACAAAACGGUUGUUACAGAGUUUAUUCUCCUUGGAUUUGGAAAUGGCCCUGAGCUGGAUUAUCUUCUCUUCCUAAUGUUCCUGACAACCUAUAUUAUGACCAUAACAGGGAACACCUUCAUCAUUGCACUGGUGGUGGCUAAUCAGUCUCUUCACAUCCCAAUGUACUUCUUCCUGGGCAAUUUGGCUUGCUUAGAUAUCUGCUACAGCUCAAACAUCUUGCCAAGAAUGUUGCUCAGUUAUCUGAGUGGAGACAGAAGAAUAUCAGUUGUCGGAUGUUUUACACAGUACUAUUUCUUGGCAGCUGCAGAAUGUUAUCUCCUAGCAGUGAUGUCUUAUGACAGGUACCUAGCAGUGUGCAAACCCUUGCUCUAUUUAUUCCUUAGGAACCACAAGCUCUGUCUCCAGCUAGGUGCUGCAUCUUGGAUAAGUGGUUUUCUGUCUAAUUCUAUAUUAACAUUCCUGAUCUCAAACUUAGAUUUCUGUGGCCCUAAUGAAAUUGAACAUUUCUUCUGUGACUCCUUUCCAAUGAUGAAACUAUCCUGCAGUGACACUCACAUGGUGGGACUUGUCACUUCUUUUGUGGCAGGUGGAUGCUCCCUGCCUCCGUUUCUCUUGACUUUCUCAUCCUAUCUCUACAUCAUUAUUACAGUCAUGAGAAUUCCUUCUUCCACUGGAAGGAAAAAGGCCUUUUCCACCUGUUCUUCACAUCUUAUUGUGGUGUUACUUUUUUACUGGUCAAUAUUAGCUGUCUAUGUCCUUCCUCAUCACGGUAUUCAAAUAUCUCUGAACAAAGUCUUCUCUAUGUUUUAUACUAUUCUCACUCCCCUGGUCAAUCCUCUUAUUUAUAGCCUGAGAAAUGAAGAAGUAAAGAAAACUCUGCAAAAAAAGACAAGUACACUACUGGGUUUCAGAUAG